GAGUAGUGCGGGCCGGAGCCGGGCCCUGUGCGGGCAUGAGAAGCAGCUGGGCUCGCUUUAGGCCUAGGUCAUUCUCUGUUGUUUUCCCCUUUCAGCUGGGAGCCCCCAGACCCUUGGUCAGUAUCCCUCCGGUUUCCAACCGUGGUCCUGAUGGGGCCUCUGUACAGAGACUGCUGCUCUUGUCCUCCGACACCGAGGAUGACAGACAAGGCAACACCUGGUUGGGGACAAGGAACCUCCCCCACGGGACUGGACAAAUUAUAAAGACCAAAAAGAAAGUGACAGCAGAAUGCUGGCGCACGAAGGAUGACAGCUCUCUUCUGCCCUUUUCUUCCAGUAGUGAUGAAGAAUUUGAAAUAUUUUUAUCUAGAAUGAAGACUCCAAAAUUCCUAGCACAUCAAGUCUCUAAGAAACAAAAUAGCAGGGAAGACUUCUCCGAUUUUACAAGAAAGAAUGAGACAAGCAAGAAGGCAGUGAAGAAUGUUCAGACCCAGAAGAAGCCAGUGACUUCUAGAAAGGAAAACACUUACUCUCAGGAAUGGCUGUAUCCAGAGAUUUUAAGUGACAGUAAACAUGAUGAUUCUGUUUUCAUAAAAAGUACAUGGUCUGACCACUGCCAAGAAAUGGAAGCGAGGGGCUUGAAGGACAACCUGCAACACAUACAGCAAACUCCUUCACAAAAACAGAAAGAGUUUGAUAUUUCCAAAUAUAGUCCAAAUUCAUCUCUUGAUGGGAAAGAAAGAGAUUGGGAAGAGCGUGCACGGAACAACACGCAGACCAUGGCACUACGACAUAGUGCAGCAUUAGGGCCAGACAGCUCAGAGGAUGAAUUUGAAUCUUUAAUAGAGCGGAUAAAGAAGCGAAGCAUACCACUGACUCCAAGUUUAAUUUCAAACAAAACCACUCUAUCCCAAUCAGCCACCACAGAACUGGGAAACUUCAAGCCUCCUUGUGACAGUGCACAACACUCUGUUAAGAAAGAGAGAAUCGUGACACCAAAGUCAGAAUCCUCUUCAUCUAAAGAAAUGCCUUCUCUGAAGGUUCCUAAGAGCGAAUCAGUCUAUUGUGUACAUUCAUCAGAUACAGAGGAAAGGUGGAAUCUGUGUGGAGUGCCAGGCUGUUUCUUACAAGAGCUGUCAAACCCAGCAUCCCAAUAUGUGAAAAAUUUCAGGAAAAAAAAGGAUGAGUUGACACAGAAGCUCUACACUCUUUAUAACAACACCAUCUUUGAGCAAAAGUUGCCAGAGAAAAUGGAAAUCAUCUGGAACAAAAAGAUGCGGAAGACAGCAGGGUACUGCGUCACUGGACAAACAAAAAGCCCUGAGGUACAACGCUAUGCUCGGAUAGAGCUCUCAGAGAAAGUUUGUGACUCUGCAGACCGGCUUCGAGACACAUUGAUCCAUGAGAUUUGCCAUGCAGCCACUUGGGUAAUCAACGGAAUUCGUGAUGGCCAUGGGCAGUUUUGGAGAUUCUAUGCUAAGAAAUCAACUGUGGUUCAUCCAGAGCUGCCAGUGGUGACACAGUGCCACAGCUAUGAGAUUAAAUACAAGUUCACUUAUAAAUGUUCUCUGUGCAAAAGCACGUGAGUAAUAUUUACUUGCCUUUGGUCAUCUGUUAACUUUGUUUUCACCGUGUCCACAU